GGCUCUGGCCCAGCGUGGCCCCAGCCCAAUGCCUGCUGCACCGGAGGAAAGGCUCCCAUCCCAGCCGGCAGGACACCGGGUGCUUCCCCUCGGAGUUCAGCCAGCUCAGCCCUGGGAGCCAAGGAGCAGAACCAGAAGUGGAAGGAGGAAGUGGCACGUGCUGUGGGUCACGAGUGACGGACUGGGUUUCCCCUUGGCAUUUACACCCCUCGAGCAUAAACAGCUUGUACAGAGUAUGGGAGUAGGGUCUAGUGGUUAGAGCAGGGGGCUGGGAGCCAGGACACCUGGGUUCACAGCUCUUUCACUUACUUACUGUGCAAGUCCACGGCCAAGUCCCUCUUAGUGCCUCAGUUUCCUCUCUAUAACACGGGGAUAACGAUACUGACCCACCUUUGAGAGCCCCAGGUGACAGCGUCCGGGUGAGGGGGCCAAUGGCUAGGCACAAAGGGGGGUGGGGAAUCCAGGUGCGUCUGACUCAGAGGGGCAAUUUCCCACCCUCCAACGCCACAGAGUGCGAAUUCCAGAAGCCUGUCGACACGUCAGUGAACCCAGGAGUGGCGGGUCAUAACACUGCACUGCGAGCCCUGAACCGCUCACGGACAUUCGCUCAUGGAGUAGCGACCAUCAUGCACCUGCCAAGGGGAAACUGCGGCACGUGGUGGGGAAGUGACUUGCCCAGGAUUGCACAGUGGCUGGGCUGGGAUCAAACACCAGGUCUCUAGAGGAGCUGUGAGGUUAACCAUGAGACCCGCCCUUCCCACCACGACGGUUGGACAGCCCCCUCCCUCCAUCAGGCUCGCUUGCUCACCAAGCUCCCAAGCAUGCCAAUGAUGGUCAGUCAUCAACCCCGCCCAGCUGCAGGCUUUCCGUGCCCUCCUGGGACAGACGGACCCCACCAUGCAUCCACGGGGAGCACUGCACUUCGGAGAGCAAUUCGGAUCCUGCUUUUCUUCCAAAUGCGGGCAAGCCCCUGCAUCCCCCGGGGUCAGCAGAGCCACCAGCUCCGAGUGUGAACUGCCAGCUGCUUCGGGGUUAACCACGCGAUAAUAAACCCUGCGCAGCUGCACAGAACGCGCCAAACACCCCAGCUCCUGUCAUGCGCCAGCGACUCAAAACAACCGCCAGGCUGGGGCCGACCAGCGCCCUGACGGGGAUCAGUACGGACACAGCCCCCCUCUGGGAGACAGCCCGGCCCUGAAGAGCUCACAGUCUGAACAGGCAAGACCGACACAUGAGUGCAAAUUCCAGAAGUCUGUCGACACGUCAGUGAACCCAGGAGUGGCGGGUCAUAACACUGCACUGCGAGCCCUGAACCGCUCAUGGACAUUCGCUCAUGGAGUAGCGACCAUCAUGCACCUGCCAAGGGGAAACUGCGGCACGUGGUGGGGAAGUGACUUGCCCAGGAUUGCUCAGUGGCUGGGCUGGGAUCAAACACCAGGUCUCUAGAGGGGCUGUGAGGUCCGUGGCACAAGAAGCACACAGCCUAGCCCGCCCGGGGUCCUGCUGGGGCCAUGGCCCUGGUGCCCCUGAAGAAGAGGAGAAGGGCCCCGUCCCCACCAGCCGGGCCCCCAGGGCCUGGGCGCUUCCCCGACGUGGUGCUGUGCCUGGUGGAGAAGCGGAUGGGUGCCAGCCGCAGGGCCUUCCUCACCCAGCUGGCCUGGGCCAAGGGCUUCCGUGUGGACAGGGCCUACAGCGCCGCGGUGACCCACGUGGUGUCGGAGCAGAACUCGGGGGCCGAGGUGGCCCAGUGGCUGGAGCAACAGCGGGAGGAGUGCGGUGACGGCGGGGACCCCGCCCUGCUGGACAUCAGCUGGUUCACGGAGAGCAUGGGGGCCGGACGGCCCGUGGAGAUUGAGUCCCGGCACCGCCUCAGGGUGGCAGAGCUGGCUCCGCAUGGGCGGCAGAUGGCACCGUACGCCUGCCAGCGCCGGACCCCGCUUCUCCACAGCAACCAGCCGCUGACGGAGGCGCUGGAGACCCUGGCGGAGGAGGCGGGGUUCAGCGGCAGUGAGGGGCGCAGCCUGGCAUUCACCAGGGCAGCCUCGGUGCUGAAGGCCCUGCCCGGCCGGCUCGGCGCCCUGGAGGAGCUGGGGUCUCUGCCUGGCAUCGGGGAGCACUCCCGACGGGUCAUCCAGGAUGUGCUGGAAGAUGGCGUCUGCGCGGAGGUGGAGAGAGUGAAGCUGUCGGAGAGAUACCGGACUAUGAAGCUCUUCACCAAGAUUUUCGGGGUUGGGGUGAGGACGGCCAGCCGGUGGUACCAGGAGGGGCUCCGGACGCUCUUGGACCUGCAGGAGCGAAACACCAAACUGACCAGGCAGCAGCAAGCAGGGCUGCGGCACUAUGGCGACCUCAACACCCCGGUGGAGCGCAGUGAGGCAGAGUCCACCAGCCGGGCGGUGCAGGAGGCAGUGAAGCGGUUCCUGCCCGGAGCCUCAGUGACGCUGGCCGGCGGGUUCAGACGGGGGAAGCCGCGUGGCCAUGACGUCGACCUUCUCCUCACACACCCCGAGGAAGGCAGAGAGGUGGGGCUGCUGAGCCGCGUCGUCAGCUGGCUGGACAGCCAGGGUUUGAUACUCUAUCAGCACAGCCAGGAGAACAGCUAUGGGCUCCGGGAGGGCCCUGAGCCGCUCGGGGGCAGGGACGUCAUGGACCGAUUCGAGAGGUGCUUUUCCAUAUUCCGCCUGGAGGCGCAGGGGGGCCCGGGUGCUGCCCGAGGCUGGAAGGCCGUCAGGGUGGACCUGGUCGUGGCUCCGGUCAGUCAGUUCCCAUUCGCUCUGCUUGGCUGGACCGGCUCCCGGCACUUCGAGCGUGAGCUCCGGCGCUUCGCCAGCCGUGAGAGGAAGAUGGUCCUGAACAGCCACGCCCUGUACGACACCAGGCAGAACCUCUUUCUACCCGCUACGUCCGAAGAAGAAAUCUUCCAGCACCUGGGCCUGGAGUAUGUGCCCCCCGCACAGAGAAACGCCUGAACCCUGGAGUACGUGCCCCCCGCAGAGACCCCUCACUGCCCAGGAAUUCCCUCUCCAGCCCUGGAAACGGCCCCUACUGCCACCCGUGCUGGCUGCCUCCAGUGUGUUCCCCGAGUGACCCAGCCAGGCUGGCGCGAGUGGACUGAGCCCCCCGCGUCUGUGCCCA